AGCCAAUGCAUCAGAGGGUGCUCCGUGGACCAAGGCGCGCGCGCGGACCAACCUCAAGCAAUGCGUCAGCCUGGCUUUGAGUGAGGACACUCUCUCCUCAACUUUUGAGACGUCUCAAAACACUCCUUCUUUCAAGAGUCCUCUCCCCACCUUUCCGGUCCACCAUAACUACCUCCCAAAUCUCAAGCAAUGCGUCAGCCUGGCUUUAAGUGCGCUGAAGCAAGCAGUCUCGCAGCCCCUCAGGCCCACCAACCUGCGCUCACUCAUCUCCGCGUCCGGCAUGACAACCGAGCUGGCCAAUCAGCUGCAAGCAACCCCAUCCGCUGCCGCCACGUCAGCAGCAGCAGCCACCCCUGGGAACUCCCAGCACCUCGCCAAUCCCUUUGUUUCCUUGGCAACUGCUAGAGCGGGGAAGCAGUGGGGGGCAGGGCAGACGCAGGGAGGGGGGGAGCGAGGGGGUAGGCACGGGGGAAGGGGGGGUUGGAGUGGUGGGGGGAGAGGAGGGGGAAGGGGAGGGGCAUGGCAGCAGCAGAGGGGAGGUGGGGGAGGAGGGAGGGGGAGGGGUGGUGGGGGAAUGGGAGGGAGAGGAGGCAGGGGAAUGAGCAGGGGUGGGGGAAGAGGAGGCCAGUCACCUGGAAGGGGGAGUGGUGGGGGAGGGGGAAGGGGAUGGGGAGGGGGAGCAGGGGGAGGGGGAGGUGGGGCAGGGAGGAUGGCGGGAGUGGUGGGGUCGAAGCAAGCAGAUGCUGUCACAGCACUAAAGCGGGCUCGUGGAGGGAAAGUAGCCCGCAAGUGA